AUGUCUUCGUCCCAGCCCGACAACAGCGAGGACCAGCCGCACGACAGCGACAGCGUGGAGUACAGUGGCGGCGGAGGUGGCGUGUUCCCAAAGCGAAGCGGCAAACUGUUCCUCAUCGUCGGCCUGAUGUCUGUUGUCGUCGUCGUGAUCGUCUUCCUGAUCGUCGGCUUCAUGAGCCACCGCGACGCGGCGGCGGCACGGGCGCACAAUGCCGGCCCUGCGCAGCUUGCGCCGGGCACCGCGGAGACCUGCGUGAACCCGUGCCGCAGCCCGCACUUCUUCUGCCAUCCGGCCUCGGAAAAGGACGAAAAAGGCUGCUUUGAACCAGGAUGCGCCUGCUUCCCUGAGCACUGCCACAAGCGGUGUCCACCUGAUCAGGAGUGUGUUCUCGGAUCCCCAGUGGACUACAGGGGAUGCUUCAGGCCUAACUGCAAAUGCGGAUGCAUUUCUCCGUGUCCAUUCGGCAAGGAAUGCGCAGAAAACUCGACCAGGGAUGAGCGAGGCUGCUUCCAACGAGGCUGCAUCUGCGAGAUGAAGUGUCCCCAGCGAUGUCCACUGGGAUAUCGCUGCCGACAGAAUUCUCCGAAGGACAUCGAGGGCUGCUUCCUCUACGGAUGCAUUUGUGAGCCCGUUCCUGUCGCACCGGCGCCAUCAAACCAAACCACUUCCGGAAACCAAACCGGAAGUAGCGAAGUCCCAAGAGUGGGAACAGGAAGCCCAUGGCCGAUGGGAGACGACAAAGCACUUGCCAUAGGCGUCGACCAAGACUUCAACUCUUCGUCAGAGUUCCGUAACAACCGCCUCGUUAUUACACGCGACAAAAGCGAAACAGUCACAACUGUAUCUCCCCAAGAGCAUGCCGACCACAGCGCUGCUGUUAGCGGACAUGUACCCAGCCCAAGAGAGAGACGCGACGAAGCUGAUGGGCCUUCGGGCUCUGUAAACGUCUCCUUGGACCUCCACAAGCAGUCUAUCAGCACUGAAGGCUCUGUAACAAACUCGGGAGGUGCCGGUGCAUCUGACGCGAGAGACACGCUUCUACAACACAGUGACAACAGCUCCUCAACGCUGAGUCACGGUCCUAGCCCAUUCGUCCAGAUCGACAACGCAUCGACGACGGUGUCAGUAGGUCAGAGCAAAGAGGAAACGUCAGCUGGAACGCUGUCUAUGGUCAACGGGAACGUGUCCAACGGAUCUGUGAACGCGGCCAGCGCCGAUGACGGUCCCAAGUCCGCGAACACGUCCUCCCCGAGUGACGAACAAAACGACGACGAUGACGACGACGACAACGACGACGUCUCGGGCGACGACAAAGCUCAAAACGCGACGCUGGCAGGACGGAGCAACUCGGAGAAUUCCACACGUGAGAAGUCUGACGAUGUCGGGACGAUCGAGGGCGAACAGGGCCCGCCAAGACAAGGGCAAGAUUCAACAUCCAAGAUUUCGGAGGCCACGCUACAAGCCACCGCAUCAACGACUUCAAGCCAGCAAGCAGACGAAGGUCACCUCUCGUCUACAGCAGUGGAUCACCAUGCUUCCGCUUCCAAUACCACUACCCAAGGAGCCACCGAAGAUCAGCACCCUCCGCGGACGGCUGCAAACGACGGUGUCCGAAAAUAAAAGGCAUCUGACACCUCC